CUGCGAAGGGGCAUCCGCCGACGGCACGGCACACCUCUCCUCCAGUUUCAUCCCAACCAGCUUCUUUCACUGUAAGUCUCUGAAUCUCGACCCCAUCCCUUCCCGCCGGCCAAAGCACAAGCAUCAACCGCCUGUUGCAUUGUGUUUGCGCGACGUCCGAACUCGCAUCGGGCAAGUUUAAGCCUUUCUCCACGCGACCCCACGACUGCCUGCCCUCUCGAUCUCUGUCUCCCUCUUCCCGCUGCCCAAAUUCUCAACCUUGUCUCCAUCUCCCCGCUACACCCAACGACCCCUUUGGCGAUCAAUCACCCCGUCACCCAGAUCCUCGUCGCCACCAUCUACACCACGCCAGUCACUUUGUCUUCAACUGACCACCCCUUGCCUAGACUGUAGUACACAGUACCCAUAGAUCCUCACUCUAUUUUUGCCCCGUAGGCAGUACGACUGACAGACGAGGUCCAGCAUCGACGCCGCGUCGAGCUAGCUCUAAGCCAGCCCCAAGGCGGACAUCUCGGGUGCUUGCUGCUGUUUUGUGACGGAGCAAAAAGGUUUGAGAUCUGGUUCUCUCGGUAUCCUGCCUGCCUGCUUGCCUUAUGCUCUCAAGCAUCACCGUACCCGUCACCUUCUGAGUUCUUUUGAGCGCCUGCUUCAGCACAUCAACUCUUCAUCUCGCGCCUCCCUUGACUACAUCUACCCGACCUCCAGCCUCAGCCUUACGUCUCAAACCUCAACCUCAACCUCAAUAUCUUGGCCCGCACACCGCCUCGCCCUGCUCCCGACCAGAGCUGCACCUCAUCAUUCAUCUGAAGCAGUCAUCAGAGGAGGUUGUCUUCCCAGCACUUCCCCUCUUCCGCAGUGUCAGCAGUCGCCCUCCGCGAUAGUUUUCAUCCGGCCUGCUUUUCAUACCCGAGACCUCGAUCCCAGUUGCCUACCAGCCCGUCCGAUCAAUCUACAUCACUCCCGACGCGCCACUACACCUGCACGUUUUCCUUGCGAAUCCGCCCCCACAGGUGUAGAUAGGACCAAGAAUUCAAUUCAAUACGAUUUUACCAAGACAAGAACCGCCGCACUUCUGCUCCGCGAGACAAGAUGUCGGCCUCACCCCCAACCCAGUCCGCAAAGCGGCCCCUCGAGGAGACCUCAUCCCCAUCUCGAACCGACCAGCCUGACGCGAAGCGACCCGCACUGGACAAGGUCCUUCGUGGUGAAGAGGAGGAGAUUCAGCUCAAGACGGAUGUCCCCUCCGAGAACGGCCACGAAGAUACCGUGGAGACACCAGCUGCCGAGAUCAGCUCGAACGGCGAGACCAAGGCCAACGGAGACGCAGCUGAGACACACGACGGCCAGAGCGAUGCUGCGGUGCCCGAGGUCGCCGGAGAAACCAAGCCCAUCGUGACCACCAGCUCCCUGGGAGGUGGCAACUCGGCCCAGGCUGCUUCCGCUCAUGACGAGACAGCGUGGAUCCACAUCAGAGCCGUGAUUACAAGCCCCGAGGCGGCCACCAUUAUCGGCAAAGGAGGCGAGAACGUCUCGAAGAUCAGGCAGAUGUCGAACGCGAAGUGCACUGUCAGCGACUACCAGAAAGGGGCCAUAGAGCGAAUUCUCACCGUGAGUGGCAGUGUCGAUGCUGUCGCCAAGGCUUUCGGGUUGAUCAUUCGCACUCUGAACAACGAGCCUCUGGCCGAGGCUUCGAACCCACAGUCCAAGACCUACCCACUUCGACUGCUGAUCCCGUCCAUACUGAUUGGUUCCAUCAUCGGCAAAGGAGGCGCUCGAAUCAAGGAGAUCCAGGAGGCUUCCGGUGCCCGCCUGAAUGCAUCCGACUCGGUACUUCCGCUCUCAACAGAGCGCUCACUGGUUGUCAUGGGUGUCGCCGAUGCUGUCCACAUUGCUACCUAUUAUGUGGCCAGUACUCUGCUCGAGCAGCUCAAUGAGCGUUUUGGCGGCCCCGCGGCAUCUGCUUACGCAACGCGAAGCGGUGGUCCAGCUGGAGCCAUCCCCGGAGGAAUGCAGGUCGUCCCAUACAUGCCUCAGCCCGCGGGCGGAAACUUUGGCCGAAGUGAGAACUACGGAAGGAACCAGCCUCGGCAUGAUCCGCGCGGCCAACAGAUGCCACCAUCGUACAUGCCUCCCUAUGGUGGCCAGCCACCCCAUGCUCAACCAAACCCGGCCAUCCCCGUUCACUAUGCCGGUGCCCAGGCCGGUGCAGCUUACGGACCGGCGGCUCACAUGCAACAGCCUCAUCAUGGCCCUCACGUCGGAGCGCACCCCCACGGCGGCCCCCAACCGCAGCAACCGAUGCACGGUGGUGCAGGAAUGCCUGGAGCCCCUCUCACGCAGCAGAUUUAUAUUCCCAACGAUAUGGUCGGCGCCAUCAUUGGCAAGGGAGGUCAGAAAAUCAACGAGAUCCGGCAGAUCAGCGGCAGUGUGAUCAAGAUCAACGAGCCACAGGAUAACAGCAACGAGCGCCUUGUCACCAUUACUGGCACGGAGGAGUGCAACCGAAUGGCCCUAUACAUGCUUUACUCCAGACUCGAGAGCGAGAAGCACCGUAUCUAGAGACAAGACACGGGCAGUACAAGGCGCUCUCUACCAAGCGCAGCGCUCACAUGGGCAUUGCCAACAAUGCCUUGUCAGACAGGUUUGAGCAUUCGUUUCUCGGAGUACUUCGGACUGAACAAGACUGAAUGUCUGAAUGGGAGGAGUUAAGACGGUAUCUCAAAAACAUUGGCCUUCCCGUCUACGGAUACACAUGGAGCGCACCCGGGGGGUUUCAUGACUUCUUUAGCUCCAGCUGACUUGCGCGGCAAAAGUCUUUCUAAUGACACACUCUUUCAUUUCUACACUGAUGCCCUCGUUCUGUCGCCCUCGAUCACCGUCUAUGCCCUUUUGCUCGCCGCCGUCCACAUCUACCACUUGUUGUGCAUUGCCUGUCCCACUCGUCCCGUCCCGACACCAUCAUGAACGUGCCCGUAUAUACAAAAGUAACUUCCCAUGUGCCAACUGCAUAUCCUUUACAUGCCUGUUCUCGUGUGUACACCUGUCCGGGUGGACGGCCGACGCACAUCCUCGAGCUGAGAUGCACCCCUCUGACCUUGCGGAUGAAGUCCAUUCGACCCUCCCUGGCACCACCUCCCAGCCCCGGCCGAGUCAUGAUACCGCAGUUUUCGCAUUGUUACUUUGAUGCACGGUUCUCUUGGCUAACCUGGUUGCACUGCAGCAGGGUUUACAUCGACACCGGGUCAGUUGACCGCCGCCGCCGCACAUGGAUGCUGGCUCGUCCACCCUGCCCGAGUCGCCGAUCUGGCGGAGUACUCGAUUCUUACGGUGCCGUUUCGGAUGAUUUGGAUAAGUACUACGUAUGUGUAGAUAAAGCCCAGUCAUGGGGAUCCUCGUAACGUGAAAGCAGGUAUUCUGACAUGGUCGAUCCAUUGGCAUAUCCUCAAGAACUAAAGAAAUUGUGCUAGGUGGUUUGUCAAUAGUACUCGAUAUCGUAGAGGGUGCACAGUGUAGAUCCAUAUCACAGUCGGUAGGGAUGUACUUGCUUUUUCCAGGCACACUCCACAGAGUUAAGUGUACACUAUAAUGUCGCAUGAAGCACAGUUCAUUUUGAAAUGAUUUGUAUUG